AUGCCAGCUCAGCUGCCUCAUAGGGAGGUAGAAACACGUGGCCAGGCCAUUAGCAUCCAGUUGGGCUUCUAGAUGGGUUUCAUAUGUGACACCUACAUAGUCCUCACUUGGAACAACAGAGCAGAAAGCCACCCUGGUGCUAACUCCUCUUCUGAACAACCACACACUGGAAUACAGCAGAACAGAAGGCAAUGCCACAAAAAAGAGGAUCAAAGUCAGCCAGAAGCAGGGGACAUGCUGAGGAUGAGCUAGCAGCUUAUAAACUGCUCCCAGCCUCUUGGAGAAAGGUGCUUCUGUAAACAGUGGGUAUUUGUGUAUGUGACUCAGGAUUUUGGAGUCGGGCAAGGGUAGCCGUCUGGUGAUUCAUGUGAACACGCUGAUGCCUCUAGCUGGAAUGUAUAGUGUUUGGGAUGAAUUUGUUCUUGCCACCACAGAGAACUUCACCUUCCCCCAAAUGCUAAUACUUGAGGAGUCUGCACAUGGUCACCAGGACAUUAGCUGUGACAAGAGGUGAAAGGAAUCUGGCCUUUCUGCCCAUCCAUCAUCUAUAGUUUUGUACAAAGAGCUAUAGCAGCACGUCUAUGCCAAAUCAUCCACUCCCCUUUGCCAGCAAAAAUGUCUUCCAAAUACUUCUGCCAUUUGUCAAACUGGCCAAAGUCCCCCAGAGGCAGUUCUGUAAUUGAAGGUAGAUGGAAGAGAACACUCUCUGCCAGGCUUAACUACCUUCUGUGUUGACUUUCUGUAUUGCAAGGUGAAACCUCACUGAUUUGAUCCUGGAAUGUCCUUCUGGAAUUGGUGCGAGGCAGCGGGGUGCUGGGGCCUCAGCUUCCAGGAGCCUGACCUGAAGUCACUACAACUGGGCAGGGACCUUCCUCUAAGCCCUCAAAAUGGAGGUGAAGGAGGCACAUAUCUGCAGCUCGGCUGCCCCAGCUCUUCUACCAAGUGUGAGCUGUCACCGACCCUAUUCUAGAAGCCAAUGUGCCAUCUCCUUUGGUACAGUUAAGCUUUGUUCCUGCUACCAACUCAUCUUUCUUUGUUAUUUCUCACCAUGUCCCUGACUUCAGAUUUCUUAUGGAUUCCUUUCUCAGACAUCGUGUUUUGAUUCCCUCCUCACAUUUACUUCCAAUUGCCAAGAACAACUCUGUUCAGGCAGGAAGAUAUUAUUUGGCUUAAAAGAGAGCGAGCAGUGGCUUUUCUCCACUAGCAUUCUUUGAAUUUACGUGGGAAUGUAUUCUGGGAACUGCUCAGAGUCUCCCUCAAGUCUCUCCCUCACCAUCAACAUGUUUCCGUCACAGCGUUGCUUUGCUUACAUUGUUUUUAACUGGGUAAUGAUAAGAGUUUUUCUUCUGGAGCCCUGCUGUAGGGCUCAGCACCCUCCCCAUGCUAAUACUCCCCAAGGACCUUGGCUGAGCCCACACUGAAUAUUACAAUGGGUUUGUUACUGUUGUUACAGACCUGAGCAUUGUUCCCCGUGUUUGUGCGAUAAACCUUGAGUCUACCUUCAAAGUUGUUCGUUUUUCCAACUCUCGGGCAUCAAGUUCGCCCUUGAAGGCAGCCCAUCCCAAGGAAAUGACAAGCAUUCUUGAUUCAGCUGGACAGAUAGGGUCCAGCUGACAUGGGCUUCUCUGUUGACAUCCCAGAGGCCUGAAUGACACAUGUUAAGCAUAGUGGCUGAUCCCUAGCCAUGUUCUGAGGAAGUUACAUCCCUCCAAUCACUUUGUAUAGUGAUUCAGGAAUCUGCUGUUUGACAUAGAGUUAAAUGAUAGGAGGGGCUGGGCACCACCCAGACAGCAAGCAAGUCUGCUCGGCCUGUUCCCAGAGCAUGUUCUGAGAGCCCCUGAAAGUGUCCUGGUCCUGGACCUGAUCUGCCUGGACCAAUUGCAAGUAACAGCCUAGUCCUCCAGACUAAGGGACAUGCUGCCCUCCCUGAACAGAAUGCCACACUGGGGGUGAGGGAAAGAUCUCUUUGAGAGGGCUCAGCCAGCAAGACCAAAGUCUCAGAGCCUAUAAUCAGUGGAAUGCACCAAGGCUGAGCAAUGAGCAUCCCUUCCAUGUGAAGGUGCUUCCAGAUAUAUGAUGGGCUCCUUUGAGUCUGCCCACAACUCCUGGAGGUGAAUUGAGCAGGUGUUACUACUCAGAUUUUAACAAUGGGGAAACUAAGUUCCAGAAGUUCCUCCUAAGACAGUGGCCCAGCUCCUUCCUCCCGGGAGCACCACAUAUGUGGGGGCCUUCCACACAGUCAGGCACCUGCUGAGAGUGGCAAGCGUGCACCUCCUGGUUGGGCACUGCUCUUCUUCAGCCACUGAAUGGGAAGACUGUGACUCUGCUAGUAAUAAAUUACAGAGCUCUUCAGGUUGGAAGAAUGUCUUCUCCUACUUAUCCCGGAGGGCCCCCGCAUCAGGGCUGCAUGGAUGAGAAAGAGAGAACUGAACUCAGUGUCUUAAAAAACAAUGCCAAGUCGAAGUAAGUGUGGAGGUUCCCUGUUGUUUUAUCUCGUUUUGCCGACCACAUGGACUUCUGAGCAGGUGCGGCCUCAGCUACUCCUUACUAGCUCUCAGGCCUGAUGAGCAAUGCCAUAAAUGCUCACUUUCGUUGACUGUGCCUGGAUUGACUUGCUCUAUAAAUUCCUCUUCAUGCAGCAGCAAGAGAAAUCUCUGGAGCAUGGGAAGGUAGAGCCAGAGCUCCCUGGAAUGGAAGUGGGUUCCUGGAUGCCACUUUCCCAUCAGUUCUCCUGGGUUCCAGCAGACAGCAGAUUGGACUUGCAACCAAGCAGACACAUGAAAGCAAACGUGCGCUUCUAACAUUUUGUAACCUGCCUCCCACAAAACAGAAGGCACUCUUCCCCUCGCAUUAUUCUCUGCCUUGUUCUUGACAUUUUUAAUGUGCUGAGUCUACAGCCGACUUUGCAUUCCCGACACCUCCCACGUGAAUUGGCUCCUGGUCCCUCCAGGCCUGAGGAUCCCAGUCAUGUGCUACACCCCAAGAACACUCUUGGCUCUCUUUCUAGCCAGGCUACACUCUCCUCACCUUGACAUUUAGGGCCGGCUGUUUCUUUUCCUCUUCUGCUCCAAUAAAUCGGGUCAGUCAAGAUUCACUGUUCCUGGGCAGGGUUUAGGGAAACUAGUGUUGAGAUAAGGGGAGGGGGGGGGUCUGUAUGUGUUCGGUGAAAGCAAGCAUUCCCUUUCUGCUCCUGUUCCCUGGCUUUGCAAUAAUGUGAAACCCUAAGCAGAAUGCCUGGGCUCUGUUUCCAGGCCUUUGUCUACAUGGAGCUGAGUAUAUCUUUGAAGUUCUUCUGUUUAAACCAGACAAAGCUAUACUGUCCCUUUCCUGGGUCCUUCCUUAUUGAUGGCCCAGGCUGAGUGGCUGGUUCAGCUCAUUCACCUCACGGUGUCUGGCAUGGAAUGGAGUCAUUAAUAGCCUGAGGGACAGAGGUUGGACCAGUUCUGUCCCUCCCCUCCCCCCAAUUUCACAUUCUGGACUUUAGGUGUAAUCCAGCCUAGGAAUGAAGGGAAGUCAAGUGUCAGAUGCUAAGUAAUGCCUAAGGAUACCUAUGCAUGGGAUGAUAAAGUCAUCUGAAAGAGAGAAAGGGGAAGGGAAAAGAAAGCAGACAGGAGAGAUAAAGAAGGGAAAGGAAGAAAAAGUACAAAGUGAUAGUAAUGCAGCAGAGUGGCUGAGUGCCACCUACAAUGCUUGGAGUGGCACAAUUGCCAUCUGUCACCCAUCCUCGUUUCAAAGUGACAUCAGGAGCUGGUGAACACAUAUGCUUGCUCCAGAGAGGACACACAGCUCAGAUUUUAGAACCAUGUUGCCUCCUAUGAUCCCCUGGAGUACAAAUGAGCAAAACCCUCCUUAUUUAACCCUGAAUGGUCUUGACCAGAGGACUCUAAAAUGCUCUGUAAAAAAAUAAAUAUAAGAUGGUAUUUUUUUUUCUCCUAGUCACCUCAACACUUGAACACAUACUGUUAGCACAACCCUCCAAGGUUAAUUUUAAGAUGCUGGUUUACAACAUUUUUAAGGGAAGAGACCGUGAAAGCUGAAUUAGGUAUAUUGCCUGGCACACAGUGUGUGUUCAAUAAGCAUCUGAACUUGAAUUAGUGAAUGAAUGAACAUGAGAGAAAUAUAAUGAACAAUAAAUGAAUAAGAUAUUUGAAUAUUUAAUGUCACUUACUUUAAAAAAACUUCAUGGCCUUUGUUCAGGGCCCCAAGGACGAGUGAACUCUGAUACGUAAAGUCAAUAGGUGACCUGAGAUCAUAUGCCCACACUGGAAUGCUUGUGCAAGGAAGACAUGGACAGGGCACAGGGAUGAAGGUGGCAGACUGUGCCCAGGAGCUGCUGAGGUCUCACCAGGCCCUGGAUGAUAGAACAGGACAACAAAGUAUGAAACAGCCCAUUGUGUCAGAGAGCUCAAUACCCUAAUACCAGGGGAUGGCUGGUGUAAAUGGAAAGGGUAUGUGUGAGGGGUGG